AAAGAGACAAAAACCAACCUUCACCCACUCCCCCUCAUUUUCCUGCGGCCUGCACCCUCCAAGCUAGAGCAAAUAAGUCCUCCAUCUCCAUUGUUGAAGAAAGCUCAACAAGGAAAGAUCCCAAGAAAAAGAAUUUAAGUGCUAAAAGUGUGAAGGUUAAGGAACUUGAUUAAAGUAUCUUUGAGCUUCGCCGGAGUUUCGCCGGAGUUGGUCAAAGUUGGCCGGAGUUGGUCAAAGUUCACCGGAAAUAGUCAAAGUUCAACCGCGGAGCGUAGAACACGCUUAAGCUCACUUAAGUUUCAGGUAGAACUUGAAGGGUGCUACCAUCACCGUUGCUUCGGGCGGAUUAUCAAGGGGAGGAGACGUGAAAUGGAACGCACCGGUAAAGUCACCCGACGAAACCCGACUGGCCAGGCGCCGGGAAGGUCCCAACAUGGCAGUCGAGGGGCAUCAAGGGUGUCUCGGGGGCAGGGCCGUGCAGGCCACUCGCUGACCGUUAGUGACGGUCAUGUUGAAACAAUUGACGAGCAUUAUGAGUCCGAGGAGGAUUCAACGUACCGACCGGGAACGGAGCCGGUUGAAACCCCAUAUGAUGGGGAAGAUGAUGACAUUAGCGAGGGGAGCGACGAUAACGACGCUCUAGAAAGGAUUGAGGAAUUUCUCCGGCAAUAUCAUCAAGAUCGCCAAAGGCGCCGGGCAAGGCGUGCUUCGAGGGGGGCUUCGAGGAGAGGGAGCCGUGUGAGUCCUAGGGGAAGCAUAGAACCCCAAGGAGGGCGAGGUGCCG